AUGGCGCCGCUGUCGCUGGACGACGAACGUGCCAGCUUCCUCAUCAACAUGGCGGCUCUCGAGCUGUGCACGACCUCCAAUUUCCAGGAAGCUGAGCCUGAAGACUCUGCCGUCUGCUCGUACCAUCUCCUCCUCUCCCUGCUGGUGCAUAGGGAGGAGGACGUGCAGGAGCUGCGGACCAAGCAUCUCCUGCAAUGA